CUCGGAGCGUCUCGUACUGCGGAACCCGGCGCGGGGAGUGAGCGAGCCUGAGAGCCAACAACGAGCGAGCGCGGAGCGGGCAGCGGGCGGAGCGGAGCGGAGCCGCCGGGGAGAGCGGGCUCGGAGCCCCCGGGUCUGCGCGGCUCGGGACCUGGCGGUGGUGGGGGCGGCGAUGUUCCACUGCAUCCCCCUGUGGCGGUGCAACCGUCAUGUGGAGACCAUCGACAAGCGCCACUGCUCCCUGGUCUACGUCCCGGAGGAGAUCUACCGCUACGCCCGGAGCCUGGAGGAGCUGCUGCUGGACGCCAACCAGCUCCGCGAGCUGCCUGAGCAAUUUUUCCAGCUAGUCAAAUUACGAAAGCUCGGACUUAGUGAUAAUGAAAUUCAGCGGCUCCCUCCAGAAAUAGCCAACUUCAUGCAGCUGGUGGAACUUGAUGUGUCCCGAAAUGAUAUUCCUGAGAUUCCAGAAAGCAUCUCAUUCUGUAAAGCACUGCAAAUAGCCGACUUCAGUGGAAACCCGUUGACUAGGUUACCGGAAAGCUUUCCUGAAUUACAGAAUUUAACAUGUCUUUCUGUAAAUGACAUCUCAUUACAAUCUCUGCCUGAAAAUAUUGGCAAUCUGUAUAACCUGGCUUCACUGGAACUGAGAGAGAAUCUUCUUACCUAUCUUCCUGACUCUCUUACUCAGCUACGGAGACUAGAAGAACUUGAUUUAGGAAACAAUGAAAUCUAUAACUUGCCAGAAUCAAUUGGAGCUCUUUUCCAUCUAAAGGACCUCUGGUUAGAUGGGAACCAGCUGUCAGAAUUGCCUCAGGAAAUAGGAAAUCUGAAAAACCUGCUGUGCUUAGAUGUCUCUGAAAACAGACUGGAAAGACUUCCUGAAGAAAUCAGUGGACUGACUUCAUUAACAGAUUUAGUCAUUUCCCAGAACUUACUAGAAAUUAUCCCUGAUGGCAUUGGAAAACUAAAGAAGCUGUCAAUCUUGAAGGUGGAUCAGAACAGGCUCACCCAGUUGCCUGAAGCAGUUGGGGAGUGUGAAAGUCUUACUGAGUUAGUUCUUACAGAAAACCGGCUCCUGACCUUACCUAAGAGCAUUGGAAAACUUAAGAAGUUGAGCAACUUGAAUGCAGACAGAAAUAAAUUAGUGUCUUUACCAAAAGAGAUCGGCGGAUGCUGCAGCCUCACUGUGUUCUGCGUGCGUGACAACAGACUAACUCGGAUACCUGCAGAGGUGUCACAGGCCACAGAACUUCACGUCCUGGAUGUGGCAGGGAACAGGUUGCUGCAUCUGCCUUUGUCCCUGACCACCUUGAAACUAAAGGCUUUGUGGUUGUCUGACAACCAGUCUCAGCCUCUGCUCACCUUCCAGACAGACACGGACCAUGCCACAGGAGAGAAGAUUCUAACCUGUGUCCUACUUCCUCAGCUGCCUUCUGAACCUCCUUGUCCAGAGAACCUGCCUCGUUGUGGUGCACUGGAGAACCUGGUAAAUGACGUCUCUGAUGAAGCCUGGAAUGAGCGGGCAGUAAACAGAGUCAGUGCAAUCCGAUUUUUGGAAGACGAAAAAGAUGAAGAAGACAAUGAAACGAGGACACUUCUAAGGAGAGCCACUCCACACCCCGGGGAGUUAAGGAACAUGAAAAAGACAGUGGAGAAUUUACGGAAUGAUAUGAAUGCUGCUAAAGGACUGGAUUCAAACAAAAACGAGGUCAAUCACGCCAUUGAUAGAGUGACCACUUCUGUGUAGAGUUGCGCCUCCAGGUUUUACCUCCUGUGUCUCCCCCUGCUGUCUGAGGUGUUCCACUCUGCUCCUGAGGGCCUCACACAGCCCUUUGUGUUCACCGCACCUGCUAGCCGCCACCACCGCCGUCCUCGCCUGUGUCCAGUGUCAGGACACCAUCUCCUCCAGGAAGUGCCUUACUCACCCCUCAGCCAGUGAUUGCACAGUGAUCUCCCUGCGCAGUUUUUUUUUUUUUUCUUUUAAAAUUUUAGUUGUUUGUCAUAAGUAGAAUACACUACUGUAAACAUCUGACCUUUGUUUUUGUCUUAUGUUGGGGAAGGGAAAGCAGGAUGGGGAAUUUUUAUCCUCCUCCCUUCCAUUAAGUGCUGGGACAUUUGAACCCAAGUUCUUUGGACCUACUGAUGAGAGGUAGUUUUAACAUGUGGGGAAAAUUGAUACUUUUUAAAUCUCCUUUGGCAGCUCAGAUGGUGUAAAUUUUAAACUUUUGUAUAGGUAUUUCAUAACAAAAAUAUGUAUUUUGUUGUAAUUUUAUCUUGAAAACGGUACAUAUUUUAGUGUUUGUGCAGAAAAGCAGACGAGUCCUAACGUAUUUUUUUUCGUGUGUCCCAUCCACUGUGCCUUACUGUAUCGUGUAUCAUGUCAAACCAGCUGUAAGCAGUGGCAUCUUUGGGCAAUGAGAUGAAACUGGGUGUUUUUAAAGCAGUGUUGCAUUUUAACCAGUAAUCUACCUAGUGGAUUUGUUUUUAACCAAAAAGAUGAAUUACCAUCGAUUUGUAAAUUAUAUAAGUUGAUUUUUUUCCAAAAAGAUGAACCAAAGGAUUAGGCUGCUUAAUAUUCCAUUUCUUACACCUUACACAAGGAAGUCUCUUACAGUGAGUGCAGUGUCAAGACUGUGCCUACUCUGGAGAUGUGCGCCAUUUGUGUCAUAAAGUAGAGCAGAAAAGCACAAAAAGAAGACUGGCUCAGAAAUUCAGUGGAUGAAUGAAUUAUGUGCUGCAAAAGAAAGUAUGAUUUUUACUGAAGAAAGCUUUACAAGUUUUAUAUCCAGAUGUAAGACCAUAAUAAAGCAAAAUAACCUACUACCCUAAAAAAUGUUGCUAUCUUUAAGUGCAAUUUAAUUUGUAAAUAGAGUUUGAAUCAAAGUAUAACAAAGUAGCUAAUUUAAGGGGCCUGGGGACAUGUGUUGGUAUGUUUCUGUUGAUUCCUUUUUUGUAUGCUGUGAUAAAAGAGAAAUGAAAUUGCCAGUCACUCUGUGGUGUCUGAGAAAAUCAUGUUGGUUUUUAUUUCCCCUCCUCCUUGAAAUAAACUCACUCUGAACA